AGUCUCAACCACGGCAGCAAAAUUGAGCUGGACUUGCACCAACGGGCCGCCGGCCACUUUAUGAGAGCCGGCGGCAACAUGUGCGACGGCUCGUUCACGGAGACCCUGCGCGGUAUGCAGGGCAUGUCGGGUACGUCGCCACCCGGUGGCGCGGGGGUUGGCCCCAUGGGGGUUGGACUCGGCAGCCCUCUUGGCCCGACCACGAAGAAGGCGCAGGUGGAGCAUAUCAAGAGGCCGAUGAACGCGUUCAUGGUCUGGUCCCGGCUGCAGCGGCGGAAGAUCGCGCAGGAGAACCCGAAGAUGCACAACUCGGAGAUCUCUAAGAGGCUCGGUGCCGAAUGGAAACUCCUGACGGAGGAUGAGAAACGACCCUUCAUCGAUCAGGCGAAAAGGUUACGGGCACAGCACAUGAAGGAACACCCUGAUUACAAGUACAGACCUAGAAGAAAGCCGAAAACGCUGCGGAAGGAGGGAUAUCCGUACAGUAUUCCGUACCCCAGCGUGCCCAUGGAUGCGCUUCGAGCUGGAAUGGCUGGCAGUAUGGGACAAGCUGGAAUGGGCUCGUAUUAUGGUCCCGCGGCGGCUUACGGUUCUCUUUCCGCGGCCAGCAUGGCUGCGGCUGCACAGCAGUCUGCCGCGGCGAUGUCCGCGGGCCUUGCAGCACCUGCACAGGUGGUGAGUUCAAUGGACGCGAUGAAGUACUCCAUGGAGGCAGACAAGUAUCGCGCGGCGUACAUGCCGCCCAGCACGUUGGCGAUGAGCAUGUACUCAGACCCCAAGUACCUGGAUUCCAGUCCAAAGUCGUACCUGGACCGGAGCUACCUGGACUCAGCGAAGGCUUACUUCGAGCAGUCGAAGCUGUACAUGGACCAGAAACCGGCUAUAACCGACUACAAUCGACCCAGUUACGAUCACAACAAGCUCUACGACGAGCCUAGUCCAGGUAGCGUGGUCGGUGGCGGUGGACCAACUAGGUCACCUGCAGCAGAGUCUCCGGACAUGAGCAAACAGCACGAGAGAACCGAGCAAGGAUCAUCCAGCGCGAGUUCCACGUCCACGUCGUCAGCUGCGAGUCCUGGAGCGAGUCUACCAGCCUAUUACCCAGGUCCGGUACAAACUAGCGGGCUAUUGGGGCCGCAGAUGAGCCAGUACAGCGGCUACCAGACAGCCCCUGCGCCAGGAAACGAGUCGUUCAGACGACCGCUCACUGUAAUCUUCUGA